UAAUUACGGGGUGGUGCGUUGUAUGUUAAUUAGGAGGCGUGGGCUUGUAUGUUAAUUAGGGGCGGGGUAUGAGGGUGGUCGUGUUUGCUCCGCCCCCCCUGCGCAGGGCCCAGUGGCUCCCAGUUCAUCCCAGUUCAUUCUCCAUUUUUCCCUUGUUCCCCUUUUGGCCUUCGCAGUUUCCCAUAAAAUUUUCCAGUCAUUUCCUCCCAGUCCAUCCCAGUUCUCUUCCCAUUGCACCCAGUCCGUCCCAGUAACCACCCAGUUCCUCCCAGUCCGACCAGUCGCUGCCCUCCCCGGUGCUGGCACCAUGGAGUACGAGCGCAGGGGUGGCCGUGGGGACCGCACGGGGCGUUACGGGGGUGCCCCGGCCCCCUCCGAGGACGGCUCCCGCACGCAGCGCGACCACGACUAUCGCGACAUGGACUACCGUGGCUACGGGGGACCCCCCGAGGGGCCCCCCGCUGCCGGGACCCCUCCUCAGGCGUCCUACGAGAACACGGAGCCCCCCCGGAAGCGGGAGCCGCCCCGGGAGCCUCCCCGGGACCCCCCGGCGCUGCCGUUCGGCGCUGACGGCGAUUACCGGGACCAGGAUUACCGGGAGGGCGCCGAGGAGGAGCCGCGGGCCAGCACCAUCGUCAUGCUGCGCAUGCUGCCCCAGGCGGCCACCGAGAACGACAUCCGGGCGCAGCUGCAGGCGCAGGGGGUGCAGCCCCGUGAGGUGCGGCUGAUGCGCAACAAGUCCUCAGGUCAGAGCCGCGGAUUCGCCUUCGUGGAAUUCCAUCACGUGCAGGAGGCGGCCAGGUGGAUGGAGGCCAACCAGGCCGGGCUGACCCUGCUGGGGCACCGCGUGUCCCUGCACUACAGCGACCCCAAACCCAAAAUCAACGAGGACUGGCUCUGUGCCAAGUGCGGGGUGCAGAACUUCAAGCGCCGUGAGAAAUGUUUCAAGUGUGGCGUCCCCAAAGCCGAGGCCGAGCAGAGGGGUCCUGGGGGUCCCCGGCCGGAGCUGGUGCCGGGGGGGGGAGGGGGGCUCCUGCCCCUCCCCCAACCCUACGGACCACCCUCGGGGGUCCCCCCGGGGGGGUCCCAGGGGGGCACCGAGCCCGGAGCUGACAACGCCAACGACACCAUCAUCCUGCGGAACCUGCACCCCCAGAGCAGCCUGGAGUCCAUCCUGGCCGCGCUCGCCCCCUUCGCCGCGCUCUCGGCCGCCAACGUGCGCGUGAUCAAAGAUCGGCAAACGCAGCUGAACCGCGGCUUCGCCUUCGUGCAGCUCAGCACCAUCGUGGAAGCGGCGCAGCUGCUGCAGAUGCUGCAGGCCCUGCACCCGCCCCUGCACAUCGACGGCAAGAGCAUCAACGUGGAGUUCGCCAAGGGCUCCAAGAGGGACGUGCAGGGGGCGGGGCCUGGGGAGGGGCCCCCCCGCGCCAGCGCCGCCUCCGUCGCCUCCACGGCCAUCGCUGCGGCCCAGUGGGCACUGUCACAGGCAGCCCCCGGCGGGGACACGCCCUGGGCGGGGGGGGAGGAGCCCAGCGCUGACUUCAGCGGCUUCUACCAAUCAGAGGAGCCCUUCCCCGGGCCUGGCCCCGCCCUCUACAGCCCCGCCUACCUGAAAGGCGCCUCGGCCCCCGCCUCCCGGCCCCGCCCUGUCUGGCCCCGCCCCUGCCAAGGCUGGCCCGGAGGAGCCGGCGCAGGACCCCGCGGGGGGAGGGGGAGGGGCAGGAGGGGGGGGGGCCUUCCCCCCCCGCGCCCCCCCCGGCACCACCCCCUACCCCUCCCCCACCGCCGAGACCCCCGCGGCGACACCCCCGGGACCCCCCGGCCAGACCUACUCAGGGGCCCCUCAAGGCCGAGACCCCAAAUUCGGCCCCCGCGGGGCCCCCCCCCGGCCGCCCCCCCCAGCGGGGACAGCUACGGGCAGUACCCCGUGCCUGACGUCUCCACCUACCAGUACGACGAGACCUCGGGGUACUACUACGACCCCCUCACGGGGCUCUACUACGACCCCCACUCCCAGUACUACUACGACGCGGGGGCGGGGCAGUACCUGUACUGGGACGGGGACAGACGCACCUACGUGGCCGCCCCCCCCGCCGAGCCCCCCCCGGGACCCCCGGGCACCCCCGGCACCCCAAAAGAGCCCAAGGACAAAAAGGAGAAACACAAAACCAAAACGGCCCAGCAGAUUGCCAAGGACAUGGAGCGCUGGGCGCGCAGCCUGAACAAGCAGCGCGAGAGCGGCCGCAGCGCGGGGCCCCCCCCCGGCCCCCGCGAGGACGAGCGCAGGGAGGCGGCGGCGGCCGACGCCGGCUACGCCAUCCUGGAGAAAAAGGGCGCUUUGGCCGAGCGGCAGCACCUCCCCCUGGAGCUGCCCCGGCUGGGGGGCGACGAGAGGCUGAGCCCCCCCCGGGGGCUGGUGGCCGCCUACAGCGGGGAGAGCGAGAGUGAGGAGGAGGGGGAGCGCGGGGGGGCCCCGGGGGUCCCCGAGGAGCCGCUGACAGACUGGGCCAAGCUGGCGUGCCUGCUGUGCCGCAGGCAGUUCCCCAGCAGGGAGGCCCUGCUGCGCCACCAGCAGCUCUCGGGGCUGCACAAGCAAAACCUGGAGCUGCAGCGCCGGAGCCACCUGGGCCCCGCCGAGGGAACCGAGCGAGGGGACAGCGAGAUGAAGUACCGGGACCGCGCCGCCGAGCGCCGCGAGAAGCAGGGGGGGCCUGACCCCCCCGAACCCAAACGGCGCAAAUUUGGGGGACCCCCCGCGACCCCCGGGGACGCCGAGGGCCCCCCCUGGGCUGCCGGAUGCUGCAGGCCAUGGGCUGGAAGGAGGGCAGCGGGCUGGGCCGGCGGCGGCCCGAGCAGGCCCCGGCCCGGCCCCGCCCCGGGGGGGUGACGCGGUUCAGCGAGGGACCCUGAGGCCACGCCCACCUCGAAGCCACGCCCACGGCGGCCGGAGCCCCUCCCCCACCGCUCGCGGCCCCUCCCCCCCCGCUCGGUUUCGCUGUUGGAUUUUGGGUUUUUUAAUAAACGGGUGAAAAAAGCGGAA